AUGUCAUCUAGGAAUGACACCAGAUAUGACCGAGUGGAGGCUUUUCAUAUUCUUCUCUUUUACUGCUUAGUUCUGAGAGUGAAUACCAUGAUUGAUAUUCAUAGAAAGCACUGUACACUAGAAGUAUCUACCUGCCUCCAUCUCUCUCUGGUUCUGAGGCAGGUGGCCGGCAUUCACAAGAAGGUGGCCCGGACCAUCGGCAUUUCUGUGGAUCCGAGGAGGCGGAACAAGUCCACGGAGUCCCUGCAGGCCAACGUGCAGCGGCUGAAGGACUACCGCUCCAAACUCAUCCUCUUCCCCAGGAAGACCUCGGCCCCCAAGAAGGGAGACAGUUCUCAGGCUGAAGAACUGAAACUGGCCACCCAGCUGACAGGACCAGUCAUGCCCAUCCGGAAUGUCUAUAAGAGGGAGAAAGCUCGAGUCAUCACCGAGGAGGAGAAGAAUUUCAAAGCCUUCGCUAGUCUCCGCAUGGCCCGUGCCAACGCCGGGCUUUUCGGCAUACGGGCAAAAAGAGCCAAGUAAGCCGCAGAGCAGGAUGUUGAAAAGAAAAAAUAAAGCCCUCCUGGGGACUUGGAAUUAAAUAAAUAAAUAAAUAAAUA